GUGAAGGCGCAGUGCGACGGAGCUGCAGCACCCAGAGGCAGCAGACUUUUCCCCUGUUGGGUCUGUUUCUCUCACAGUGACCAUCUGAAAGAAUCUGGAUCUCCUCCUCUACAGCUGUGGACCCUCUGCAUCUCUCUUCUCCGGAUUAUCCCACUUUAUCUCCAGUUUUUAGGAGUUGGGAAUGAGAUUCUCCUGAACUGCGGCUGCUGUAAUGAGAUCCUCUGUCCUAGGAUCAGUUUGUGCCCUGCUGCUGCUGCUGCGGGAGCCUGCAUGCCUGGGAGAGGAGGUUACCUCCAGCACAGUGAACCCGUGCUGCUAUUUCCCCUGCCAGCACUGGGGUGUGUGUGUCAGGUAUGCUGAGGACAAGUACGAGUGUGACUGCACCCGCACCGGCUUCCAAGGAGAAAACUGCACCGUCCCCGAGUUUUGGACCAGGGUGCGUCUGUUCAUCAAGCCCAGCCCAGAUGUGAUGCAUUAUAUUCUCACCCAUUUCCAUUGGCUCUGGGACAUCAUCAAUCACACCUUCCUGCGGGAGGUCCUCAUGCGGCUGGUCCUCACAGUCAGGGCCAACUUAAUACCCAGCCCUCCAACCUUCAACUCAAAGUACGGCUACCUCAGCUGGGAAUCCUACUAUAACGUGAGCUACUACACUCGGCUGCUGCCCCCGGUACCAGAGGAUUGUCCUACACCUAUGGGGGUCAAAGGCAAGGCUUUGCUGCCUGACCCUGAGCUGCUGGUGGAGAAGCUGCUGAAGAGAAGGACGUUCAGACCCGACCCCCAGGGCUCCAACCUCAUGUUCGCUUUCUUCGCACAGCACUUCACCCACCAGUUCUUUAAGACCUACAAUCGCAUGGGCCUGGGCUUCACUAAGGCUCUCUCGCAUGGGGUGGAUGCAGGGCACAUUUACGGAGACAAUCUGAAACGUCAGCUGAAGCUCAGGCUUCAUAAGGAUGGAAAGCUCAAGUAUCAGUUAAUUGACGGCGAGCUAUACCCUCCUACUGUAGCUGAUGCACCAGUGAAGAUGAGCUACCCCCCCGGGGUCCCCCCUAAGCAUCAGAUAGCUAUUGGUCAGGAAGUCUUUGGACUCCUCCCUGGUUUGGGAAUGUACGCCACACUGUGGCUGAGAGAACAUAACCGAGUCUGUGAAAUCCUGAAGGCGGAACAUCCCACCUGGGACGACGAGCAGCUGUUCCAGACCUCACGUCUCAUCAUCAUUGGUGAGACCAUCAAAAUCGUGAUAGAGGAGUACGUGCAGCACCUCAGUGGAUACCUGCUGAAGCUGAAGUUCGACCCCACCAUGCUGUUUAGCUCCCAGUUUCAGUACAGCAACCGCAUUGCUCUGGAGUUCAGCCAGCUCUACCACUGGCACCCCUUGAUGCCCGACAGCUUCUUUAUUAAUGGAGACGAGCUGUUGUACCCACAGUUCCUCUUCAACACGUCUGUCCUCACACACUACGGCAUCGAGAAGCUGGUGGAUUCUUUCUCUCGGCAGGUUGCCGGACAGAUCGGCGGCGGCCAUAACAUCAAUGCUGUGGUGACCCGAGUGGCAGUGGGAGCCAUAAAGGAGUCCCGCCUACUCCGCAUUCAGUCCUUCAACGAGUACAGGAAGCGUUUCAACCUGAAACCGUACACGUCGUUCAGACAAUUCAAUGAUAACGAAGAGAUAGCCAGUCUGCUUGAAGAAUACUACGGGGACAUCGAUGCUCUUGAAUUUUAUCCUGGCUUGAUGUUGGAGAGAACACGACAGAACGCCAUAUUUGGAGAGAGCAUGGUGGAGAUGGGUGCCCCCUUCUCCCUCAAGGGGCUUCUGGGAAACCCCUUAUGUUCUCCAAAUUACUGGAAGCCCAGCACCUUCGGAGGCAGCGUCGGCUUUGACAUAGUGAACUCUGCCACGCUAAAGAAGCUUGUCUGCCUGAAUACCAGGACGUGUCCUUAUGUGGCAUUUAGAGUUCCGACAGAGGACAAAAGUGACAGUAAAGUAUCUGAUGAGCUAGCUGCUGUCAUGACGACUCUGGACGAUAAGAUCCUGGGAGAGAAGCUGCAGUACUACUACAGCAGCAGUGAAGAUGAGGGCAGUGACAACGAGGAGGAGGAAGGGGCGAACAAGACCAUCAGGGACGCUAACGUGGUUGAGCCAGAGAUCGACUACAGCGCUGAUGGAAGUGCUGUUAACACAGGACCAAAGGGUGUGAUCAAUGACUGGAGGAAAUACAAGCAGCUGGAGGUGGAGCAGAAACAAGAGCAGAAGAAGGAGAUGGAGAGACUGAUCAAGAAACUGUCGCUGACCUGCCGCUCUGACCUUGACCUGGAAAAGGAGAGUGACAAACAAAAAGAGCUGCAGGACAAAAUUAAAGGCAAAAUGACAAUGCAGGAGUACAAUAUGCUCCAGGAAGGCGAGGAUGAUGAAGAUUUCCUCCAGCAUUACCGUAUGCAGCGCAUUGAAGAGAUGCGGCGCCAGCUCUGCCGUGGUAAACGCUUCGAGCAGGUCCAGGAGCUCAUCUGCGGCGAGGACUUCCUGGAAGCUUUAGACGAAGAGGAUAAAAGCACGCUGGUCAUGAUCCACAUCUACGAGCCGGAGGUCCCGGGCUGUGAGGCCAUGAGGGGCAGCCUGAUGUGUCUGGCCCAGGAAUACCCACUGGUGAAGUUCUGCAGCGUCCGCAGCUCGGCCAUCAGCACCAGCGCACUGUUCAGAGACAGUGCUCUGCCCGCUCUGCUUGUAUACAAAGGAGGAGACCUGAUCGGCAACUUUGUGCGGCUCACAGACCAGCUCGGGGAAGAUUUCUUUGCUGUGGACCUGGAGGCCCUGUUGCAGGAGUACGGCCUGCUGCCUGACAAGCCCCAGAUGGUCCCCAAGACGGUUCGCAAUGGAGCCAUCAUACAGACCAUUGGGAGUGAUGAGGACUCUGACCUUGAUAUAGACUAGAGCCAUGAUAUCUUAAAUAUGUUGUAUGCUUGGGAAUAGUGUACCUACAGUCUGCAUGGACAAUACGUCAUUCAUACAUAUUUAUGCGGACCCCAUGUGAUAAAGAACUGAGCCAGGAUUGUCGUUUAUUCUUCACACAGCAACAUACUAGAAACACUGAAGCACAGUGAAGAGUAAAUGCACAGAAAUCAUGGUCCAGUGGGCGUUAAUCAUUCCAUGGUAAAUAUGAUUUAUAUUUAAUGAUAGUAACAAUAUCCAUUAUUAUUAUCAAGGACCUGUUAUUAAGCACGGUGUGAAUGCUGCAUAUGUAGGUUAAAUAUUUUGUUUGAGCUCUGACUGUCAACUAUUUAUUUGUUGUGUUAAGGAACCUGUUUGUAGGAUUUAGUGGCCUCUAGUGGUGGGGUUCCAGAUUGCAACCACCUGAGUACACCUCUAAUCCCCCCUUCAAAACGCUAGAACCAGUGUUUGACUUGAGCUCUCUGGGCUGCUGUAGAAUGUGAUGGUAUAACAUGGUGGUGGUACAACACAAGAGGACUCUCUCUUUAUGUGGACAUAUUCUUAGUUUCAAGUGAUCUAGCAAAAAAACUACUUAUAAUUUAUUCUUAGAUCCCCCUAAAUUCUUUCACACUGGUCCUUUAAAACACACUUCCCUGUUUUUGAUCCACGUGCAUCCACUUUGUAUCAUCUGUGUCACUCUGUCGAAUACGAAACAUUCAACGAUCCUCUGACUUUAGGUUCAUUUUAUAACUUUUAUAUGUGCUGUAACAUUUCAAAUACUAAGAAUAAUAAAGUAUAAAGUCUUUGGA